AACAUGUAUAAAACAUGAAAUGAUUCACAGUGGAGAAAAUCCAUUUAAAUGCCAGUACUGUGAAAAGAGUUUUAAUAUUAAACAGAAUUGUAAAAGACAUGAAGUGACCCACAAUAUCAAAAAAUCAUUCAAAUGCCAGUAUUGUAAAAAGAGCUAUAGUAAUGAAAGUUCUUGCAAACAACAUGAAAUGAUCCACACUGGAGAAAAGCCAUGCAAAUGCCAGUAUUGUGAUAAGAGUUUUAGUUUCAAAAGUGCAUGUGUACGACAUGAAAGGAUCCACACUGGAGAAAAACCAUUCAAAUGUCAGUAUUGUGAAAAGUGUUUUAUUGAAAAACGGAAGCGCAUACUGCAUGAAGUGACCCACACUGGAGAAAAACCAUUCAAAUGCCAGUAUUGUGAAAAGAGUUUUAGUUUUGAAAGAGCUUGCAAACAACAUGAAAUGACCCACACUAGAGAAAAGCCAUUCAAAUGCCAGUAUUGUGAUAAGAGUUUUAGUUUCAAAAGUGCAUGUGUACGACAUGAAAGGAUCCACACUGGAGAAAAACCAUUCAAAUGUCAGUAUUGUGAAAAGUGUUUUAUUGAAAAACGGAAGCGCAUACUGCAUGAAAUGACCCACACUGGAGAAAAACCAUUCAAAUGCCAGUAUUGUGAAAAAGGUUUUGUUGAAAAACAAAGUUGUAUAGUACAUGAAAAAACUCACUCUGACCAAAAAUUAUUCAAAUGCCUGCAUUGUGAAGAAAGUUUUAGCGUCAAAAAUAAAUGUGAACAACAUGAAAUGAUUCAUGCCUUCUCAGCCUAUAAAAAGGAAUUUGAAGAAGAGGAUAAUAGGACAGUGGUUUCACUACAGUCUAUAAAAAAAGAAUUCCAAGAUGGUUAUAUGCCACAUGGGACAAAAGUAGGAACAGAAUCUGAAGUCAAAAUUGAGUUAAACAAUGACAAUGCUCCAGAAGUGAGACCUGAGAUCUAUCCAGUAGCAAUGUUUAGAAAUGUGUUUGCAGACACUGACGAUUGAUGAAUGAUAAUAUAAUAAAUAAUAGACUUAGAUCAUGGGUAUAAGAUUGAAGUAUAAGAUUAAUAAUUGCAUGCCUAGCACUGAAAUAGAAAUGACUGAAGUAAAAA